UUUUCCCUAUGCAGUUAUUUUUCUUUGCUUUUGAUUGGAUUAAUCGCAGCGUAAUGUGAAUCCUCUUCUUAAUAAUCCGCGGUAACAAGUAUGCAGUACUAGAUUUUUGUAGGAUACAUGAUAUGUACAUAUGUAUAUAAAAGAGUCGAUUCAUUGAUUCGUUUUAAAUUUUCGCACGGUUUAUAUGUAAUUGUUUUUAGAUAAAUGUCGAACGGUAUCUUAAACGAUGUGAAACGUUGAUUCGUUUAAUUUAAUCUACACCUACAUACGUAAGCAGUCCGGUAUAUAAGAAUAACAGACAGAAGUAUACGCGAAGGUGGGUCGGUCACCUGGAGAUAACUGUAAAAUGUCAUCAACGAAUGUGUGUCAGGCAUGGAUUUGACGCUCCUCGGUGACACUUGUGGGAUCUGUUAUCACGUUAAUUAUAUUCUAUCGAUAUUAAUUUGAUCGGAAAAAGAAACGGCUACCUUGAUAACAGCAUCUUUUGUCGAUUAACUUGAAUAUAAUAAUAUAGAUAACAUGGAGGGACCAGAAGUAACAUUUUUGUUUCAAUUUGGUUUAACUCGUGACACUAUUACGGUCGACAGCAGCACAUUAACUCUUAAGACCCUCAAAGAAUUCGCCUGUGACUUUAUAAAUGCUAAAUGUCCAGAGCACGGUUUAAAUCAUUUGUUCGAACGAUUGCUUUUGUUUAAGCAUGAUUACAAUUCUACUAAUAUUCUACAACUUAUCACAAAUGCAACAGAAGUUGUAGACGAGGCAUUGGUGGAAAUUGUUUUAACUGCACAAGUGCCAAAUGAAGAAGUUCCCAUUCGUCCUCAUGCUUUAACUGUUCAUUCGUAUAAAGUUCCAACAUUCUGCGAUUUUUGUGGAGAAAUGUUAUUUGGUCUUGUUCGACAAGGUCUAAAAUGUGAAGGUUGUGGAAUGAAUUACCAUAAAAGAUGUGUUAUUAAAAUUCCUAAUAAUUGCUCACAUGAUGCCAGUCAAAGACGGCGUAGUUCGGCAAUGCUGAAUGUACCGAGAUCACCGAGUCAAGGAUCUACUAGUAGUUUGACUAGCAUCAGCGAUGAUAAUCAUAGUACAAAUAAUACACCGAACGUGAGCCAAAAUAAUAGUACUUUGACAAUACCAAGUAUAAUGGCUCCGAAACAAACCCGUUCUCCUUCGCUUGGAGGAAGACCAGUUUGGGUAGAACGAGAACUUGCAGCACGUAUAAAGAUUCCACAUACAUUUGUAGUGCACACAUAUACUAGGCCAACUGUAUGUGGACACUGUAAAAAGUUGCUAAAAGGUUUAUUUAAGCAAGGCCUACAGUGCAAAGAUUGUCAGUACAAUGCACACAAGAAAUGCAUUGAAAAAAUACCUAAAGACUGUACUGGAGAAAAUCCACGCGACAAUACAGGUAACGAAUAUCCAGAUAGUGGCGUUGGCAGUGAACCAGAAGGUAAAUGCGAUGGUAGAAAUGAAGAAGGUGAUGGUGAUAGUGAUGCUGAAUCUCCAUCACCCCCUCAACAUUCCUCGUUUACGAGAGACGAAUCAAAAGCGACAGAGGAGUACACUGAUCAAGUUCCAAGCAGUGAUGAUAUUAUUUACGAUGAAUUUCAAAAGUCAAGACCAUCGAGUUGCAGUUCCACACCAAGCAAUAAUAUUCCUUUAAUGCGUAUAGUGCAAAGUGUAAAACACACAAAACGACGUGGUUCAAAAGUGUUGAAAGAAGGUUGGAUGGUGCAUUUUACAAACCGUGAUCCAAUGAAGAGGAAACAUUAUUGGCGGCUUGACACAAAAGCCAUAACAUUGUUUCAAAGUGAUAGUAGUUCCAAAUAUUACAAAGAAAUUCCAUUAGUUGAAAUAAUAUCCAUUGAAGCUGCUAAGACAUCUCAUUCAAGUACAAUGCAUUGUUUUGAGUUAAAAACUGCCAAUAUUGAUUAUUAUGUUGGAGAAGAUACUUUAUACGGGGAUAAUUGUAGUCAAGUUUCUUCUCCGGAGAGUGGUAUUGGAGCUCAUAUAGCUAGAUCAUGGGAAACUAGUAUUAGACAAGCACUUAUGCCUGUAACUACUGUAUCAAGCAAUCAGAAACAGUCUACAGAACCAGAGGAAAAUAUUACAGAUAUGUCUCAAUUAUAUGAGAUCUAUCCGGAUGAAGUAUUGGGCUCUGGUCAAUUUGGUAUAGUAUAUGGUGGUGUUCAUCGUAAAAGUGGUAGAGCAGUUGCCAUAAAAGUUAUCGAUAAGUUGCGUUUUCCUACCAAACAGGAAGCACAACUUAAAAACGAAGUUGCUAUUCUGCAGAAUCUUUCACAUAGCGGAGUUGUUAAUUUAGAACGGAUGUUCGAAACUCCAGAACGAAUAUUUGUUGUUAUGGAAAAAUUAAAAGGCGACAUGUUAGAAAUGAUAUUGAGUUCAGAACUUGGCCGUCUUAGCGAAAGAGUAACCAAAUUUUUAAUUACACAGAUAUUGGUAGCACUGAAACAUUUGCAUAGCAAAAAUAUAGUACAUUGUGAUUUAAAGCCAGAGAACGUGUUGCUGAGUAGUGACAGUGAGUUCACGCAAGUAAAACUAUGUGACUUUGGUUUCGCAAGAAUUAUAGGAGAGAAAAGCUUCAGAAGAAGUGUCGUUGGUACUCCAGCGUAUUUAGCACCUGAAGUUUUAAGAAAUAAAGGUUACAAUCGAUCUUUGGAUAUGUGGAGUGUUGGUGUGAUUAUUUAUGUAUCUCUAAGCGGUACAUUCCCAUUCAAUGAGGAAGAAGAUAUUAAUGAACAAAUUCAAAAUGCUGCCUUCAUGUAUCCACCUACUCCUUGGCAAGAAAUCUCAUCCGAUGCGAUUGACUUAAUUAAUAAUUUGUUACAAGUAAAGCAAAGAAAACGUUAUACUGUUGAUAAGAGUUUACAACACACGUGGCUACAAGAUUAUCAAACGUGGUGCGAUUUACAAGAAUUGGAGGCAAAAGUGGGAUAUCGUUAUUUGACUCACGAAAGCGAUGAUGCUCGGUGGCAGGCAUAUAGUAAUCAGCGCACAUGACAGAACUCUUCGCCUAUUAUAAACAUCGAAACAUUGCCAAAUAAUUUGUCAAUACAUAAAAGUUGGGCUCACUCUGCUCGAGCCACAUUACGGCGUCUUAUUCGUGCCUGACUUGAACAAGUUCAUAAAAGGGAGUACAAUUUUAUCUUUCAUUUUAAAUGUUAGAUUAUUGAUAAUAAAUAACACAUCAUUGAUGAGCGUAUCUUCCAAAAUAUUUUACAUAGGAGGUAAGAAUUUUACUUAGUUACAAACAUUUUAAUCAGACUGCAAUAUGUAAGAUAAUUGAACAAAAGAUUGUAAAAAAACAGCAGCAGCAAUGUUAUGUAUAAAAGUUCAAGAAGGAACUUUAAUACUGAGAUUGAAUAUGUUUCAAUGUUUUAAUACUGUGAAUUUUCAUCAUAGUAACAAAUUACAAGGGACAUUUCAUAAGAUAGUAUACAUAUAUAUACACAUAUAUAGCACAGUCGUGACGUUUACUAAAAUUGUUCCUCUUAUUAUGGGACAAGUAAUUAAUCUACGCUCUUUCAUCAUUUUAAUACACUUCACAAUGCAUAAUAAUAUUUCACAUGUAGUUUGUAAGUGCUAAUUUCUUAGCAUGAAUGAUACACCAUAUUUUUCAGCUUGAUAUAGAAAAUUGUAGUAUGUUUUAUAAUUGCACACAUUUUCCUUAAAUU